AUGUCUCGCACUCUUCGUUCUUCCUACGAAUCGGAUCACCAACAACAAGUAUUAGCAGCGGAUUCCGAACUAGGUUAUGAUGACUCAUCUGCUCCACAAUCCAUAUCCUUUUGGAAUCGAUGGAUUUGGAGAAUGAAACAAAUGUUUAAACUUAACAAAAAGAAUGCUAUUUUGGCUGUUGUUUUAAUGGUUGUAUUUGUUGCUGUGGUGACGUUGUGUUUGGUUGGAUCGUUUUUAUUUUUGAAUCGAAGUGAUACUGGAAAAAUUAUUGUCGAUCCAAGAGGACCUAAUUGUUUGCCUGUUCCUCCAUUUACCAUUGAAUUUAAUGAAGAUCGAAAUUAUACGGAUAGUAAACCUUUGCAAACGAUCAAAUAUGUGGUUGUGAAAAAUGCCAAAGUGAUUUCAACUUCAGAUCUUGAUGCCAAAGGAAGAGUCAAAAUUUCACAUGUGGAUUUAUUUUUUGAAGAGGGAAAAAUCAAAAAGAUUGCUCAAUAUGGAUCUUCAGAUUUGAAUAAUUUAUAUAAUCCAAGCGAAGCAAGUGUGAUUGAUGUUGGUGGUCGAUUUGUCACUGCUGGUAUUGUCGAUAUGCACUCACAUUUAGGCGUUUAUUCAAAUCCUGGAGAUUCUCGUGGCCAUUCGGAUGGAAAUGAAAUGGGAAAUACCCCUGUCACACCAAUGGUUCGUGCAGUUGACGCUCUCAAUCCAAAAGAUAUCAGUAUUAUUGAAUCAAGAAAGUAUGGUGGAGUUACUACAGCUCUUGUUUUACCAGGAAGUGCCAACGUUGUAGGAGGCGAGGCAGCUUAUAUCAAACUUAGAUCCACUCCAGAAUAUCAAAGUAUUUCGUCUUUACUCUUUGAAGGAGCUGCAAGAUCAUUAAAAAUGGCAUGUGGAGAAAACCCAAAAAGAGUUUAUGGACAAGAUCAACACCUAGUCCCAUAUUCUAGAAUGGGAGUUUCCUAUUUAAUGCGUAAACUUUUCACUGACGCUAAAAAGUUACAACUUGAUCAAGACAAUUGGGAUUGUAAUGAGAGUGUUCGAAAAAUUAAUCCUUCUCGUCCACAGGAUCUCAUGCUAGAUCCCAUUGUGAGCUUGUUACGAGGAAUUAACAUGACUUUGAAUGUACAUUGUUAUGAAGUGCAAGAUCUUGAAAUGAUGAUCCGAUUGUCGAAAGAAUUUUCAUUCAAAAUUAAUGCAUUCCAUCAUGCUCUUGAAGCUUACAAGAUUGCUGACAUUUUAGAAAGAAAUCAAAUCGUUGUUGCAACAUUUGCAGAUUUGUUUGGAUUCAAAGUUGAGGCCAUGGAAGCCAGUGUUCAUGCACCAACUAUUUUAAGAAAUAGAAAUGUUCGAGUGGCAUUGAAAUCUGACCAUCCUGUCAUUUCAGCAAAAUAUUUACUCUUAAAUGCAGCCAAAUCUCAUUUCUAUGGUUUGGACGAACAAAGCGCCUUGAAUUCAGUCACAUCAGUUCCUGCUGAAGCGAUGGGAGUUGGAAAACGUGUGGGAAGAGUUGAGGAAGGAUAUGAUGCUGAUAUUGUCGUAUGGGAUCGAUUUCCUCUAUUAUUGGGUGCUCGACCAAACACCAUUUUCAUUGAUGGCAACAAGUAUGACGACUUUAAUCUUCCAAUUCACAGUUUAGAUGAUCAUGUUCCAAAAUCAGAUCAAACCAUGUCCAUUAUUGUGGAUAAUCAAACAAAAUCUGAACAAACAUUUUGUUCCUAUGAUCCUGAAUCGUUUGGUUUGCAACACAAAUCAGGAUAUAGUAUUAAGGGAGCUAAGAUUUAUACAAUGAAUAAUCAUCAAGUGUUUGAAAAUGGUAAUCUAGUUGUGGAUGGCGAUGGAAUUAUUUCUUGCGUAGGAUCGAAUGAAGAUUGUCCAAUUCCAACGAGUAUUGCUGGACAUGUCACUUACACGAUGAAGGGUGGAAUUGUUGUGCCUGGGCUCAUUGAGGCAUCUACUUCUUUGGGUCUGUAUGAUAUUGAAUCUGAGCCAAAUAUGCAAGAUGGAAUCAAUUACGGAAUGAAUUCAGAAUCUCUUUAUUCUGUACAGAGUUCAUAUGGUGUGAGAAUGAGAUCACGAAAUAUUAGAGCUGCAUGGAAAUCUGGAGUCACAACUUCUAUCACACAUCGACAAGGAAGACAACUCAUUAAUGGAGUGUGUAGUUCUUUCACAUUAGAAGGAUUACUUGUGAGUGAAUCUCUCAUUUCACCUUCUGCUGCAUUAUUCUUGACGAUUGGAGUUUAUUCUAAAGACGGUGGUAUUUCAGAUUCUGUUUCAUCUCAAAUUUCAUACUUGAGACAAACAUUCAACACUUCAAAUUCAGAGGUUAUUCAAAAAGUGUUGAAUCGAGAAAUUCCAAUCGUUGCCAUUGCCAAUCAAGCCGAUGAUAUUGGACAAUUAAUUGAUCUCAAAAAAGAUUUUGGAUUUGAUUUAAUUAUCAUUGGAGGAGGUGAAGCUUAUUUAAUUGCAGAUCGAUUGCAAGCCAACAACAUUUCUGUCAUUUUAACACCAGUUUCUGAAGAUUUAGGAGACAAGAUCAAUUGGGAAACCAAACGAUCCAAACACUUAUUUGGAGCUUCUGAAUUAUUUUCUGCUGGAGUGACACUUGGAGUCGGAAUGGGCAAUAGUGCUCAUGAUGUGCGUAAUCUUCGAUUCAUUUCUGGUCUCAUUUCAAAAGAAGGAGGAAAAGAAAGUCCUAUUGAUUUUGAUCAAGCUCUUGCUGCAGUGACAAGUAACAUUGCUGACAUGUUCCAUUUAGGGAAUCGUGGAUUAGGAAGAAUUGUGAAAAACACUCCAGCUAAUUUUGUACUCUAUGAUGAAAAUCCAUUGAAUUUUUCAGGUCGACCAAAAGUUGUGGCUGUUAAAAGCAUGGUGGAUUGUAGUAUUGUUCAGUUUUAA